CAGGGGUCAAUGCGGAUGUCAGGGCACGACGACCGCCUGAAACGAAAAAGCCAAAGCCGAAGAUGCACGGGAGUUCGUCUCGGGGAAGUAGGUAACAAUUAGUUUUUUCGAGUUGGCACGUAUCUAAUGUUGAAAUCCAAGUCGUUCUAUUAGAGUACAAGUUCUCGAAGAGGCAUGUUCUUCGCCUUUUGCAUGCUUCAUUGGGAUCUAAUCUAACAGCGCUAGUGGCCGCAGACGUCUCGAUGUUUGGGAGACCGUGUCUGCUUACGAGGAAGACGCCCUUCUACAAAGCACAAGAUCACG